AUGUCGACGUCGGAAAUCAAAUCGGACGGAACUGCAUUGUAUAUUUCGUUGACCGACGACAAUGCGGCGUCGUCACAUACUCCGAAACUCCCAAGUCGACUCCGGCGCCGACUUCUGGAGUGUAAAAGCCCUCCUGUUUCUGCUCAAGAUAUUGACGCCAAGCUCCGUGAUGCUAAUCUACGCCGGCAACAAUUCUAUGCGUCAUUAUCAAGCAAAGCAAGAACAAAGACAAUAUCUCGUGCAUGUUCAUCUUUGCAAGAGAAAGUGAUAGGUGGGCAACUUGAAACCAAGCUUAAUGCAGCUGAACAGAAGAGGUUGAGCAUCCUAAACGAUAUUAAGGGUCGCUUGGCUAGAAUGGACGAGCUGCGGCAAGCUGCUAAAAAUGGAGUAGAAAUGGGUUUCAUGAGAAAGUGCAACGAGCUCGGGGUGAAAGUGAAAUCACGUGUGCAUCAGGCAGAGGUAAACCGAAUGGUGCUUCUAAAAGUUUGUAGACAACAUAGGGCUGCAAAGAGAGAAAGGGCUGUACAGUCCUUGAUGAGAAAGCUGAAUCAGGAGAGCAAGUAUAAGGAGUGUGUUCGAGCAGCUAUUCACCAGAAGCGUGCUGCUGCUGAGAAGAAACGAUUAGGAUUAUUGGAAGCAGAGAAAUGUAGGGCACGUGCUAGGUCCCUGAAGGUUCUGCGAGUAGCUAACUCUAUCUGCAGUCAACGGGAGACAGUGAGAAACAAAUUAAAGGAGCAACUGGAAGAUCGGCUGCAGAGGCUGAAAGGAACCACACAUGACUUGGCAAAAGCAUAUGCAUCUUUGGAAAUCAAUCGAAAAUCUGUCGAUUUAAUGCCAUUUGAGAGACUUGCUAUGCUGAUUGAGUCUGGCGCUACCAUUCAAACUGCAAAAGCUUUACUUGACCGACUUGAAAGCCGCAUUGCUAUUAGACAGGAAACUGGUAGUGCCAAUAAUAAUUUCCAUUUGGAGAACAUUAAACAUCUGCUCAAACGAGUAGCAAUGCUAGGCAAAAAUGUUGGCACCCCUAAUGCUUCCGGAAGCACAGGGGUGAAAAAAAUAGGAUCUAGAAGUUCGGUACCUAAUGGUUCUACUAGGUUACAUAGGUAUCCAGUGCGAAUUUUUCUUUGUGCUUACAUGAUUUUAGGACAUCCAGACGUUAUUUUCAGUGGGAAGGGGGAGAAUGAGACUUCUCUUGCUGAGGCUGCAGAAACCUUCAUUAAAGAGUUCGAAUUAUUGGUUAGAAUUAUUUUGGAAGGGCAUAUUCAGUUUACAUUAAAGGAAUCAGGCUUGCCAACUGCUGGUCAGCUGAAAUUCAGUUCCCAGCUGGAAACAUUUGAUAAAGCUUGGUGUUCUUACCUGUAUUGCUUUGUCAUGUGGAAGGUUAAGGACGUCAAAUCUUUAGAGGAGGAUUUAGUACGAGCUGCUUGUGAUCUUGAGGCCUUGAGGAUACAGACUUGCGAGCAGAUCCCAGGUAGAGAUAAUGGUGAUCAUAAACUCAUGAAAGUAUUCCUUGAUCAGGUGAGUGAGAACCUGAAGCUUCUGCAGUUGAAAAUACAGCAAUUGAGUGGUAAUGCUGGGCUUGAACGUAUGGAAAGUGCUCUUUCUGAUACACGGACGAGGUUUAUUGAUGUCAUGGUGCUGGCGAGUUCACUGGCAUCCUCAUCUGAUCAUGGUUUUUCAAGUGCUGUUGGCUCAUCACAGAGCUCUUCAAUUUGUGAUUCUAGAGAUGAUAAUGUGGUGGAAGGUCAUAAUAGGGUGGGGGACAUUGUUCCCUCUUUGUCCAAGGGGGAUGAUUCCUUAUUUGGAGAAAUUGGUUCUGCUACUCAUAGUGUUUUAGAUGAUCAUCUGAGCACCAGUUCGAGGCUGGUAAAGGAUAAUGAAAUGCUUGUCAAUGAGAUUGUCCAUGGGAUUGAUAGUGGUUUAGUGGAUGGCUUGAACGUCACUAAUGAUGACCUAGGGAGCAUCAAGACAAAGGUGAGAGACACGAUGGAGAAGGCUUUCUGGGAUGGUGUCAUGGAAUCUUUGAAACAUGACAACCCUGAUUAUAGCUGGGUUAUUAAGCUCAUACAAGAAGUCCGGGAUGAACUGAUUGAAAUGGCUCCUUCAGGUUGGAGACAAGAGAUAGAUCAAAGCAUUGACAUGGAUAUUCUCUCACAGGUGUUGAAAUCUAGAACAUUAGACAUGGAAUAUCUUGGAAGGAUCUUGGAGUUUGCAUUGGUCACAUUGCAGAAACUUUCUGCACCUGCUAAAGAGGAUGAAUUGAAAUCUACUCAUUACAAGCUACUGAAAGAACUUACUGAAAUUUCUCAAGCUGGAGAUAUAUCUACUGCUUCAUUCGCUACUUUGGUGAUUAGGGGCUUGCGUAAUGUUCUCCAGCAGAUUCAGGAACUCAAGCAUGACAUAAAUAAAGCACGCAUCAAGAUGUUGCAACCACUCAUCAAGGGGCCUGCUGGUUAUGAAUACAUUAGAAGCGCUUUUGCCAAUCAUUAUGGAUCUCCUAUUGAUGGCCCUCGCUCUUUACCCUUUGUAAAGCAAUGGCUUUCUGCUGUAAUGGUGGAGUCAGAUCAGAUCUGGGACGAACUCUUGGAUUCUCUAUCAGCUCUGGGAUUAAGUAACGGAAGAUAUAGUCAAGAACCUUCUCCUACAAUGCUCCGGACUGGAGGUACCAUUUUAAGGACAUCGAUAUUCAAUGUUCCACCCAACACUGUUGCAGAAGCUGAACAACCAGAGUGCAGUGGAGAAAAGCUUGAUCUCUUGUUGAGGCUUGGUUUGUUAAAGCUUGUGAGUGAUGUUGAAGGGUUGACGGUUGAAAUGCUCCCUGAGACAUUUAAACUAAAUCUCUUCAGAUUGAGGUCUAUUCAGUCUCAACUUCAAAAAAUAAUUGUCAUCUGUACUAGCAUAUUAGUUUUGCGGCAAACCCUUGUGAGCGAACACCUGGUAAUUAGCCUCAAAGACAUGGAGAAUGUGAUAUUCAACUCUGUAAAACAUCUGUCUGAACUCUUUGAUCGCUCCGAGGAUGUCGGAUUAUCAAAAAUUGUUGAAACAAUAAGCUGGUCUCCAGAAUGUGAAGACCCAGAAAAGACCCGAGCAAGGAAGGAGGUUAUGGCGAAUAUGUUGGGAAGGAGCUUAAGAGCUGGUGACGACAUUUUCACACGAGUUUCUCGAAGUGUCAACUUAGCGGCAAGAGGAGUUGUGCUUGGUGGGACUGGAGCUAAGGGUCGGCAACUAGCGGAGAUGGCACUCAAACGUGUUGGGGCUGCUCUUCUCAUAGAUAAGGUGAUGGAUGCUGCAAGAGGACUGGUGGUGAUGGCAAACGUCUCGGCCAGGGUUCAUGGAGAUUGGAAGAAACAGCUCCAGGCAGAGGCAGAAAGUCCCCUCCGGCAAAGGCCCCCCGACGGCGCCCCCCGCAGCCCCGGCAUCGCGAAAAUCCACCAGGAACAAGGACCCAGGUCUCGUACGGCGCACCACAGCCUCCACAACAGAGGCUGGCCCAUACUACCCCCAGCCGUACCAUUGUCCGCCGGUCGCCCCUACCGUCACCGCGGCGAACACCCGAACAAAUCCACAGCACCACAACGGAAUCCGACCCUAACACCCUCACUGUCCCUGUUGCUGCCCGAAACACCGCCGCCCCAUCACAAAUCAAACACCACCGCCCGACCAACACCAACCCAAACUCACCACCCAAGCUGCGCCACCAACCCAAAUACAACACACACAGAGACAAAACAACAAAAAGGAAAGGAAAAGAAAGAAUAA